AUGUCAGGAGUUGAAGAAAACGGAACCAUUGACGAGUUUAGGGAGAGAAGAUCAGACUUUGAAAUCUCAGAGGACGAAAGAAGGCGCUCAAAGAUCGGGAAUUUGAAGAAGAAGGCCAUUAAUGCUUCGACCAAAUUCACUCAUUCUCUCAAGAAGAGAGGGAAGAGGAAAAUUGACUACCGGAUUCCUUCUGUCUCCAUUGAAGAUGUUCGUGAUGAGAAAGAGGAGAGCGUUGUUCUUGAAUUCCGCCGUAACCUUCUUGAGAGAGACUUGUUACCUCCUAAACAUGACGAAUACCAUACUCUUCUGAGAUUUUUGAAAGCGAGGGACCUAAACAUUGAGAAAACCAUCCAAAUGUGGGAAGAAAUGCUUAGAUGGAGAAAAGAGUAUGGAACAGAUACCAUACUAGAGGAUUUUGAUUUCGAAGAGCUGGAAGAAGUUGUGCAAUACUAUCCUCAAGGCUAUCAUGGAGUUGACAAGGAAGGAAGGCCUGUCUACAUUGAAAGACUUGGAAAAGCUCAUCCCUCUAAGCUUAUGCGUAUCACCACCAUUGAUAGAUAUCUAAAGUACCAUGUACGAGAGUUUGAGAGAGCUCUCCAGGAGAAAUUCCCUGCAUGCUCGAUUGCAGCGAAGCGUCGAAUCUGUUCCACGACUACAAUACUGGAUGUGCAAGGACUGGGCAUGAAGAACUUUUCACCAACAGCUGCGAAUCUUGUGGCUGCCAUGUCGAAGAUAGACAACAGUUACUACCCUGAGACGUUGCACAGAAUGUACAUUGUAAAUGCUGGAACGGGUUUCAAGAAAAUGCUUUGGCCUGCUGCUCAGAAGUUUCUUGAUGCAAAGACCAUCGCAAAGAUACAUGUGCUAGAACCAAAAUCUUUAUCUAAGUUGCAUGAAGUCAUUGACUCAAGUCAAUUGCCAGAGUUCCUCGGAGGUUCAUGCUCUUGCUUUGGCGAUGGAGGCUGUCUUCGCUCUAAUAAAGGACCCUGGAAUGAUCCUGAAAUAAUGAAGCUCAUCUACCAUGGAGAAUCAUCGAUCUUUAGGCAAAUCACAAGGAAGCUGAGUGAACCGCACAACUCUUCCUCCUUCAUAAGUAUUCAUCCAUCAAAGGAUAUGAAAACUGAGACUUCAGCAGCAGAGUCAGUAUCUUAUUCUGAUGUUCCUGCUUCUCAUGUGAAUCCAGCUUACGAGGACGCUAGGGCAUCGGAUGUUAACGGCUAUUAUAGCUGCGACGACAAGUUUGCCUUACCUGACAAAGCUGCUAACCGAAAAGGCCAUGAAAGGCAAUCCCAUUACCAAAUGCUCGAGCUCGACCAAACAAGUCUCGGUUUAAAAUGUGAAACAUCUCCACCAGGUGCUCCAAUCAUCCGAUGGCUCCAUGAUUUGAGAGGAACAAUUGACAGCAUAAAAUCUGAGAACCUGGCCAAGAGGAUACUCUCGUUAAUGCUGAGACUAGCUGCGGUUUUCCGUUAUAUCCCGUUGGAGGUUUCGAGAAGCCAGCGUACAGUUCCAACAGAAGAUGAAAACAGAAGAAGCAGCCUCAUCCCAACUCCUCCUAGAGAGCCAACAAUGAAAGAACGGAUUCUUCCGUGUUUGGAGCGGAUUCAGAAACUGGAGAAGAAGUACGAGGAAAUGAGGAACAAACCUGCUGAGAUUCCAGUGGAGAAGGAGAGAAUGCUCAUGGAUUCUCUAGACAGAAUAAAAUCAGUCGAGUUUGAUCUCGAAAAGACAAAGAGGGUUUUACACGCCACAGUGAUGAAACAGAUUGAAAUAACUGAAAUGCUCGAAAAUAUACGGGAGUCCCAGCUUCACAGAAGAAGAUUGUUCUGUUAG